AUGAGCAUCCCGGAGUUCCUACUGGAAGUGUCCAUCGUGGUGAUAGCUGUUGUCUCGUUGUUGACAAACCUGUCGGUGCUGCUAUGUUUAGCCCAGAGCGCAGAGUUGAGAUCCCAUGUGCCAGGCAUCUUCAUCCUCAACCUGUCCUCCUCCAACCUCCUCCUCGCCCUCAUCAACAUGCCGGCCACUUUUGUCGGAGUGGCCGAGAGCGCAAAGCCCCUCGGGGACUUGUUCUGCCAAGCUGUCGGUUUUGCUGAGACUUUUCUCACCGCCAAUGCCAUGUUGAGCAUGGCCGCGCUGGGUCUGGACAGGUGGGUCGCCGUGGUGUUCCCCCUGAGUUACUCCAGCAAGAUGCGCUAUAGGGACGCUCUUCUGAUCGUGGCGUACUCCUGGCUGCACUCUCUCGCCUUCUCUCUGACCCAGCUGCUCAUGGACUGGGGAGGUUAUAGCCACACGUACGCGUCGUGCACCCUUCACCUGGACGGGGAGAGGAGGUCGCAGCUGGCCGCCUAUGCCACCUUUACGGCGCUGUUCCACUUCAGCAGCUUUGCGCUCUGCCUCCUCGUCCUGUGCUUCGCCUACCUGAAGGUUUUGAGGGUGGCCAGGUCCCACUGCAAGAGGAUAGAUGUCAUUACAGUGCAGGCUCUGCUCCUGCUGGUUGAUAUCCACCCCAGUGUGAAGGAGAGGUGUCUAGCUGAGCAGAAGAAGAGGAGGCAGCGCGCCAUAAAAAAAUUAGCAUCUUCAUCGGCACAUUCAUCCCUGCUUUUCACAUUCAUCCUCUGCUUUUCACCCUAUGUUAUAACAAGGUUGGUGGAGUUGUUGCCCUCUGUGCACAUCCCCCGCUACUGGGGCAUAACCGCCAAAUGUCUGUACUAUGCCAAAACCUCCAGCGACCCGUUUGUCUACUGUCUGCUGCGGCAGCAGUACAGGAAGGUCCUGGUUGGGAUCAUCAGCCGGGUUCUGGGAGAGAAUCACUACACGCUAUCAGUCCACAGUGCAAGCAGCACGCUGGACACCAGAAUCACCUGAGCUUGAUGUGGAAGAAUUUUAAUUAUUCAACACCUGCAUCUGUCCUGCAGAGGUCAGGGUCACGGAAAAGCAGCAGCCCUGGAAGGGAGUCGGGGCCUUGCUCAAGGACAUGUAUGCAGGAUUUAUACUCAAUGAGAGCAUACUGGCCUCUGAUGCUGAAGGCCUCUUCAGCCUCUACAGACUGCUGUUCCACAGGGAAGUCAGUUUGCCUGCUGCUUAGACAUUGCCGUGAGACUGUGCUGCAAGAACACACCACAUGAAGCCCACAACACUAUGUUCACUGCUGUAAUCAUUGCAAAGACGCCCUCAAUUUGUUGGGAAGUAGUCUUCAUGUCUUGUUGAAAGAACUUGAAGAAAUAUUCAUUCUGAUUACUGUGUUGAAGUCAAUACUAAAGUUUUUGCUAAUAAGGGACUUAUGUAACAUGUGAAGUGUAAAAAGAAGUGUGAGGAUGUUAUAUCACUGCAUAAAACACAGAUUGAAGAAUAAACUCCACUGAC